GAGAGAGAGAGAGAGAGAGAGAGAGAGAGAGAGAGAGAGAGAGAGAGAGAGAGAGAGAGAGAGAGAGAGAGAGAGAGAGAGAGAGAGAGAGAGAGAGAGAGAGAAAAAAAGACAAAUACUAUUAGUAUAUGCUAAGGAUGCUAAAAGUUUGUAAGAUUGAUAAUGAUGAAGUUACAAGUUUAGUUCCAAGUAAAUUUCAACGAGUUAAUAAUAACUGUAAAAAUUUUCAUCUUUUUAUCCAUUUAAUUUUGUAUUAGUUAAUUGUAGAUACAAGGAUUAAAUUGUCAUCUCUAAAUUGUUGUCAAUUUGUUAAUUCUGUUAAACUUUGACCAUUUACCGUUAUAAUCCAUUACCAUGAGAGUAGAUUGGUAAACAAAGUGAUUGUGGUGAUUUAAUUUCAAAGAAAAAAAACAACUUCAACUUUCCAAUUAGAUGAAAGUGAUUAAUUAACUAACCAAGAAGGAUUUUAUUCAUUGAUUGAUUUGGAUUACAAUUUAUAUUUUUAAUUGUUCACCAAUUAGUUUUACUAUUAUUUUAUCAUCAUCCUGAUCAUCGCCAUCAUCAUCAUCCUCUCAUCAAUAUUAAUAAUAAUACAAUGUCUUUGACUAUGAUUUUUGAUCAAUUAAAAUGAUUUUCUUAAUCAUUGUAACAUCAACACUAAUUAAUCAACUUGAAUCAACAGCAAUAUCAUUUCAACAAUUAAGUGAUUUCAAAUUAUCAUCGCCAAUGACAACGAUAAAAACACAAAGAUCCAAGUCCACCAAAUCGACGUCAUGGUCAUCAAGUCGAUUAAAAGUAAAUUCAAAUCUAAACGGAAUAAAAUUAAGUGAUAAUGUAAAUAAAACAGUUAAACAAAGGAAAAAUUUUUUACCGAAAAAAGUAACUAGUGACCAUUACUUAAGGAAAAAUUAUAAUUAUCAUAAACGUAAAAAUGACCAUCAAACAUCAGAUGGUUAUCAAUAUAAAAGUAAUGUAAAUGGUUAUUAUUAUAAUGUACAAAAUUCAAAUGAAUAUCAUCAUCUUAAUAGGAAAUUAAAACAUUAUCAAGUUCAAUCUUUUACCGACAAUAAUCAACAUGAUCACUAUGAUCAUAAUCUAGAUGAAAUGAUAAUAGACAAAUCUUCAUCUUCAUCGUCAUCAUCAUCUUCUUCAUAUGAUCCUUCAGGAUACCACAAAUUAACCACACAUGAUCCAUCUUUUGAUGAUAAUAUUAAACGUAAUAUAACAAUACCACAGGGAGGAACAGCAUUUUUACAAUGUAAAAUAAAUCAUCUGGGAGACAGAACGGUCUCGUGGGUUCGACAGAAAGACCUGCAAAUAUUAACAUCAGGUCGUGAUACAUAUACAAGUGAUGCACGAUUCCGAUCAAUAAAUGUUGCCAAUUCUAAUGAAUGGACACUCGAGAUAAGAGAUACUCGUCUCUCUGAUUCAGGAAUCUACGAAUGUCAAAUUUCAACCGAUCCCAAAAUGUCAAUGAGUAUUUACCUUUCGGUUAUUGCCUUGAAAACCAUCAUCACCGAAGGAGCAAAUUUGUAUCUUAAAAAAGGUGCUAAUAUAAACAUAACCUGUAUAAUUAACUACAUACCUGAACCUGGAUCCAAUUCAUUCAUAAUUUGGCAACAUAGUGAUCAGAUAAUUAAUUAUGAUUCUCGUGGACGAGGAGCUAAAUUAACUAAUUCUCAAGUUAUAAUUCCACCCUUUUCCUUAACUUCAACCUCACCUUCAGCAAUUAAUACUCAUACUACCACUGGAACACGGGUUAUGGCCUCAAACCUUUUCGUUUCUAGUGCAACCUCAUCCGAUUCAGGUAACUAUACCUGUAGGCUAACAUCAACCUCACUUCCGUCUCAUUAUGCUAAACCCGCUUUGAUUCAUGUCCACGUACUGAACGGCGGUGAAAAUCCAGCAGCCAUGCAAGGAGGAGCCACAAGUACCUCUGGUCAUAAGCUGUUCAAAUGCUCACGUUAUCAGAAUACAUUUAUUAUAAUCUGUUGGCCUGGAUCGUCACAUAUUCACCUUACAUCCUUAGUGUCUAUGCUUUUAACCUGGUUCCUUAUUAGAUAAUGUAUCAAGUGAUAUCGAUUGUAACCUUCCCUCUCUCUCCCUCUGAUUCCCAUCUCAAGAAUAUUAUAUUAAGAUAUUGACUGAAUAUCGAGUGUCAAAUAAAAGUAAAUGUUUCUCAUGAAAAAAUUUUCAUAUCUUUUCGGAAAAGUUCAAAACUCUCACUUUCCUGUCUCUCUCUCUCUCUCUUUCUUUCUCCUGAUUUUCUUUUUCUUUUUCUUCCAAUACUAAUCAUCACUUAAUCCUCUUACUUCCGGAAGCCCUUUCAAUCAAUGGAUCAAACUUUAAUUCUGUAAACAUUUGUUGAAAUAUUGAGUGUUCGUCUUAUAAAAGCGGAAGUAGUUGGAUUAUUUAUUUUAUUUCUGUUUCAAUUUCCCCCAAUCAAUUUCAUCACCUGUAGCAUAGAUUGUAAUUUAUUGAUUAUGUGCUUUUCUAGACUUGUAAUCAUAACAAUUAAGUCAAAUUUACUUGAUAAUAAAGUUUAACU